CUCCGAGCCUCCAGGCCCUGCAUCUCCUCCUCUCUGCUCGAAAUCUGCAUCUCUACUCGAAAUCUGCACUCUCUCCCCCUUGCGAUAGCCAAGGUCCACAUAUCUGCCCCGUCAGACAUCCAGCACUCGGACAGGAGGGGGGCAAGAGCGGUAUCGGGAGAGGAGGCGAUGGCAUCCCCCAUGGUUGACGGGCGGGUCGAACCGCACCGCAAAGCAACGUACACGCUGGACGUCAGCGACCAGAUCCGGAAGGAAGACAGGUCAGGGAACGGGUUCAGCGGAGUGAAAUACAACCACAAACCCAACCUCUCGACCGGCACCCGCACCACACACCUCUCAUCCUCGAACAGCAAUGCAUACAAUCUGUCAUUGCGCGACACGAACACUACCGGCGACAACGACGUCUUUGUCUUCAACGGCGCCCGCACAACACCCACCAAGUCCUACGUCCUCCUCUUCGACCAACCGACACAGAAAGCAACCCUCGAGCGUCUCGACAACACAUACACCUUCAAUCUCUCCACGAAGAACGGCGCCGAUGUAUCGGCAGAUUAUGGGAAGAUCUACCCCAAGAAAGCGCACAAGGACAGCGUCCACGACAAAGAGGAGGGUGAAGUCGAUCUCUUCGGCGAAGAACAAGGCGACGCGGCGAACGAGGGCACAGAGCCAGAUGCUGCGAACCCAUACGACUUCAGACACUUCCUGAACGCUGUAAAGAGUAAGAAGGACACAGCAGAAGAGCGCGGCUAUGCUUCCUCACCGGACUACCGCUCCAACCCAGCAACAAGCACGGCUAACACGCCCGUUCUCCCAGCGCGCCGCGCCGUCGAACCGCCGGCCAAGAAGCGAAAAGCCGCGUCGGUGUUCGCAAGUAAGCCCACGGCAAAGGGCGCACCAAAGAAGGCUAAUGCGCCGGCAAUCAAUCUGGAAAGACGAGCGACGGAAUGCCCUGCUCCUCCUGCAUCGCAGAGUAAAGCAACAGCACCAACAAGUUCAAGCAGCAAACCCAGCAAACCCAAAUCCGCAGAAUUCGUGCAAGACUCCUCCGACUCGGACGUAGACGCCGAAGGUGAAGUCGACUCGACAGCCCCAUCACCCAAACACACACGCCGCUCACCCUCGCCCGGACACCGAGAAGACGACAACUCGGACGCCGAGGGCGAGGAAGACGAUGACAACGACGACGACGAUGAUGAUGAUGAAGGGCUUGAGAUCGAAGUCCCCGACCCUCGUCCAGGAGGCGAUAGGAACAACGCACAUCUUGCUCCGGGAGGUGGCGUCAGGGGGCUGCGGAGUCCAUCAAACGGUCCCAUCAGUCUCGCAAGCGCAGCAAAUAGCGUCGAAGGCACACCUCGCCGCGGUGCGCAAGCAGAUGAGAUCGACUUUGGGGAUCUGGGCGGUGACGAUGAUGCAGAGGGCGAGGAGGAAGACGAGGAUGUUGAGCGCAUGGACACCAGGCCCCCAACACGGCAGGAUAGUAGGAAGAGCGUAUCCGGCGCGGCGAACGGCGGCCCGGCGGAGGUGGAUGAGGACGAUCCGUUGUACAUGGAGAUGAUGGAGGGGUUGGCGGGGGGUGAUAGCAGCGAGGAGAGCGAGGAAGAGUAGACUAGCCAGAACGUCCGCAGAGAGGCAUCACCACCCAGUGAACGCCUGCAUACAGACCCAGCCACCAAGUGCAGCCUGCGUACAAUAAAGGUGCAUUCGACGUCUACUUCCUGUCCGUCGUGUCCAGUCAAGCUAUAUGCCCCCUUCUUCGCACACGUCAUGUUUCCAUUCGUCUUGCCACACGUACCUAGUCAUCAGCAAUCGGGUACUCGGGCCCCAAGGAGUUGUGAUGCAAUGCAUCAGGGACAACAGGGGGCAGGAACGUCGAGCUACAUGAAGGGCACGGCUCUAGCUGAGCGUGUGCCGGUAAGAUGCAAGAUGCAAU